UGUCAACUCUUGAGCCCGUCAAGUCAGCCAAUAGCAAAGCAUUCCUCCCGCUGCAGCUGCAGUGCCAGUGCUGAUUGUAAAUAAACAUAAAACAUGGCGAUGGUCGAAGGUUCUGUGCACGACUCGGCGUACAAGGGCGAUUUAGAGCACGUCCGAAUCAACUUGGACAGAGAUUCGACUUGGAUUUCCAAGCAGGAUAAUAACGAGAGGCUUCUUUUGCACUGGGCUGCCGUGGGCGGUCACGUACCCAUCGUGACACUGCUACUUGAGAAAGGCUCUCCAGUUGACCCUACUGAUGAUUUUGGUGCCACGCCUCUGAUUCUGGCUGCUUCUGCCGGGAAAGAAGACGUGGUGAAUUUGCUCAUUAAGCACCAUGCUAACGUCAAUGCAAAAAAUCAACAAGGUCACUCUGCCCUGCAGUUGGCAGCUUCAAAGGGAUGGCGCAGUAUUAUUCAGCUACUGCUCGCUGCCAAGGCUGAUGUGAACAUCAAGGACAGCAGGGGUGCAACUGCUCUGCAUCGAGCUGCCUCCCAAGGCAGAACUCCAAUUGUCAACAUCCUUAUUGCAGUCCCUGGAAUUGAUCUGUCUCCUGCUGAUAUUGAUGGAAAUACUCCACUGCACCUCGCUUGCGAAGAAGACAGGCGUGAUGAUGCUCUGGAGCUUGUGCAAAGAGGUGCUUCUCUAUCCAUUAAAAAUAAGGAGGAAAAAACCCCCAUGGAUUUAGCAUCUCCUGGACUUGGCAAGCAACUGAGGGAGUGCUCGGAACAGUAACUGUCGAACUGGAUUUGUACACAAAUAUUUUUCUGGGAAGUAUGGGCAUUUGGACUGAAGUACCCCCAAAUCAACCACUUAACAGACUGCUUAUUAUAAAACUAUUUCUUUUCGAAGAAUGAAAAUAAAGAAAGGGUGAUCACUAAAUCU